CGCGGGCGCGGCUGGCGGCAGAUGUGCAACACCAAGAUGUCCUCCCUCGCCGACGCCUCGCCUGUCACCGCCGCGGAGCAGGAGGCGCUGGUUAAACCAAAGCCAUUGUUGCUGACACUGCUGAAGUUAGCUGGCGCAGAGAAGGACACUUUUACCAUGAAGGAGGUAAUAUUCUAUCUUGGCCAAUAUAUUAUGUCUAAACAAUUAUAUGAUGAAAAACAACAGCAUAUUGUGCACUGUGCAAAUGAUCUCCUUGGGGAUUUAUUUGGAGUACCAAGCUUUUCAGUAAAGGAACACAGGAGAGUAUAUUCAAUGAUUUCCCGAAAUUUGGUAGCAAUCAAUCAACAAGAUUCAACACUKGCUGCGACACCUGAGGAUGAUGCCAGAUUACAGCUUGAAGCAGAAAAUGUUUUAAAGGAAUCCAUGCAAGAGUUAGAAGAGAGGCAAACUUCACCUAACUUGUCUUCCCGACCCACUUCUUCUAGGAGGAGAACACACAGUGAAUCUGAAGAAAAUUCUUUAGAUGGUCCUCCUAAUGACAGAAGAAAACGACACAAAUCAGACAGCAUUUCGUUGACCUUUGAUGAAAGCCUGUCCUGGUGUGUGGUCAGUGGGCUGUGCCGUGAGAGAAGCAAUAGCAGCGAUUCCACAGAUUCUCCUUCCAUAGCCGAUCUUGAUGCCUGCUCACUAAGUGAGAACUCUGAUUGGUUUGACCAUAGUUCUGUUUCAGACCAGUUCAGUGUAGAGUUUGAAGUUGAGUCUAUUUAUUCAGAAGAUUAUAGCCAUAAUGAAGAAGGACAGGAGCUCACCGAUGAAGACGAUGAGGUGUAUCAGUUGACUAUUUAUCAAGAUGAAGAAAGCGAUGCUGAUUCAUUUGAUGAAGAUCCAGAGAUUUCCCUAGCUGAUUACUGGAAGUGCCCCGAGUGUGGGGAGAUGAACCCUCCGCUCCCGCGCCACUGCCACCGCUGCUGGGCCCUGCGCGAGGACUGGCUGCCCGAGGACAAGAGUGAGAAGUCAGAGAAAAGCAAAUUAGAAAGUUCCCUGCCCUUGGAGUCCGAAGAAGGUUUCGACGUGCCUGACUGCAAGAAAGUGAAGGUGACGGAAGAUAAAGAGGUGGCUUUGGAGGAAGGUGAUGAUAAAGCAGCGCAAAUCUGCGAGUCCCAGGAGAGCGAGGACUAUUCGCAGCCGUCCACGUCCAGCAGCCUGUUUUGUAGCAGUCAGGAGGACUUCAAGGAACCCGAGAAGAGAGACGUGCAGGACAAGGAGGACAGCACGGAGAGCACCCUGCCCGUCACCAGCAUCGAGCCCUGCGUCAUAUGUCAGAGCAGACCCAAGAACGGCUGCAUAGUGCACGGCAGAACAGGGCACCUGAUGUCGUGUUUCACGUGCGCGAGGAAGCUGAAGAAGAGGAACAAACCGUGCCCCGUGUGCAGGCAGCCCAUACAGAUGAUCGUGCUCACUUACUUCAGCUAGAGGCUACCGAGGGCACAGCAGCCGAAGGAGCUUCAGACUGGGGCAGCAACCAAGAGAGUAAGAAACUAUUUUUGUAUUUGUACUGGAAUCUUAAUAUUUUGGGUAUCUUUAUGUUUGGUGUGGAAAGCAGUCACUAAAAUAAAUAUUGCACUAGUACUGAGAAAGUUAGCCUACUACUCAGCUCUCAGUUUGAAGAGUUUAAAUCCUUCUGAAUAGCAGUAUGUAUUUCCUGUAAACUGUCUGUCGUUUGAAGUGUUUUUUUUGUCUCCAACAGAUUAGUCCUAUCUGCAUUGCUGGGUUAAAUACGCACGUUAAAACCAAAUCUAGUGGUUGUGAGGGGUGAUGUAUUUUUGAAGAGUUUGCAAUGGUGAUUCCUCAUCUAAGGAGGACAGAAGACUCUUGAGAUUCAGUAUCUGUUGCCUGGUGAGGACACUUGGCAGAAAUUAGAACUCUGAAUAAGUCAGUAAAAUAAAUAAAUAGUCUGAGUUCCCUCAUUCCCAAGACUUAAAUUCACCCCCAUAAUCAAAUUAUUUGGAAGAUUAUGAGGGAAGAGGUGAUAGGAAAGAAUUUUAAGGAUUUGGAAACAGAAUAGAAAGCAAUGUCUUCAUAAUACAUAAAAUUCAGUGCUGUAUGAAGAGAAGUCAUUGACUUAAAUUUAGUCACAGUUACCUCUGAAAAAUCCUGUGAAACAGAUUCUGAAGGUAUUGUGAGACUUGGUGGUCUCUGCUGAGCUCUGAUUAUUUUAGCUGCGGGUGCAAGAUUGGAAGCAGGCGAGGGAAGUGAAGGAUUGUCUGUAGAAUGAGUUGCCCAAACUGGGCAGCAUCGGGGCACAUCUGUAUUUUUUUCUGCAUUGGUUUUAGACUUAGCACUGCAUCAUGCCCAGCACUGCUUGAGUAACAGUACAAUUAAAGAAGCCCCACCAGUCGCAAAACCAAACAAAUCUUGAGGUUCUGUUUCAGGUAGAUAUUUCUUAAGUUAACUCAUCUUUCUUACUUGCCUUCUUUUUAACUGUAUCACAAUUUUGAGAAUGUGUUGGUAUUUCUUUGGUUUAAUUUAAAUACCCAAAGCUGUUAAUACAAAAGUUUGUCUCAGUUGGAUUUGAUGCUUAAAGUUUUUAACUCUUGUCACUGUAUUGUCAAACAGUCUGUACCACUUAGUUGUGCCUUAAGCUUGCAAGUUCUCCUGGGCAUUCAUAGAAGGCCACAUAUGUGCUUGUGGGUUUAAAUAUCUUCCGAAUGUGCUUGGGCUGGAUUGGGAUUGGGUUUUAAUGGAUUCUGCACCCACGAGUUGUAAUUUUUCCCCCCCUCUUUGGGAGACUCGGUUGAAGAAAAGAGUUGCCCGUUUUGAAGCUUUUUAUUUGAGCGGGGCCGCGCGUGGCCUGCGCACGGGGAGGGCGGCAGCUUUGGAGUGCGGGCCGGCGGUGUCACCCACAGGCAGAGCUCUGGGUUUGCCAUCCCGCGAGGCCGGGUUAAAUAGCUGCCCUAGCCUAAAAUAGCCGCGCGGCGCCCUCCGCCCCUGUGCCCUAGUGCAAGGAGUGACCGCAGUAGCUGCUCGAGGGGCAGAACUGCAAUAGCCAGUCCAGGGUCCCGCCAGUUAGUGCCUGUAAAUCAGGAGCAAACCCCCCRAAUACGGGGGACACGCAGGCAAAUGGCAGAUACAGGGGCUGGAAGCUGUAGGUAAAAGCCACAAGUUGCCUUGCUCAGCCCAUAUUUUUCCCCCAUGUAGUUGAGUUUCCUUUUUGCACGAGGAGAUUCUGUUGCCUCUCAAGUUUAUUAAUUUUAAUUAAGUGAAUUCUGCAGCCUAGUUGCUGUUGCCUACUCGGUCUCUUGCACAAGAGAAGCUCUUGCUGUUGGAGGCCUGACAGUGCAAGGGCUUCGUCCCCGGUCGCUGCGUCCCGACGGCCCCAUCCCACAUGGGGAGGCCCUCGGGCUGCUGUGUGCGACGCUCCCACACGCGGAGCCUUGUGCUGCAGCUGAGGGAAUCGGGGAAAGGGGAUGUGGGAACGAGGGGCUGCCCUUGUGCCACCCACCCCCUGCCUCUGUCCCCCAGGGAGCAGCCCUGGAAGUGCCGCUGCCUGGGCACUGCUGCGGCAGUGGGGAGCUCCUGCUUCCCGGCUAGAAUUCCC